UCGAAGUGGGACUAUAUAUCCAAGGCCAAUACAAUCUAAUGAACAAAAUUGGCAUACUAUUCUCCACUUAUCCCUUCCAGCCGGUGUCGUAGUUGCGCAACUUCGUGCUGCCCUAGGAUAAUUCCGUGAUUUUGAUGGGGUCGAUUCGCGGAGCUGCAGAUUCCACCCCGCCUCGAAAGGAUUUAUUGAGUUAAUUGGAUCGCGGCCGUUACACCACCAACAACCACUUGACUGACGCUUUCACAGUCUCAUACCCACCAUGGCCUCCACCGAAGACCAGGUCGUUGCGACCACCACCAACAACGACCACCUCGUACAGUCGGACGACCCCGAGCACCCUGCGAACCUCAUUCCGGAGCUGUGCCGCAAAUUCUACAAUUGGGGAUGGGUCACUGGCACUGGUGGAGGUACCUCCAUUCGUCACGGUGACCACAUCUUCAUUGCUCCCUCUGGUGUCCAGAAGGAGCUCAUGAAGUCUGAGAACAUCUUCGUCCUCCAGUGGCCCACCAAGAAAUACCCAGCCGAGGAGCGCAACUAUAUUCGCCGUCCCCUCAAGCUGAAUCCCUCUGCCUGCACUCCGCUCUUCCUGACGGCCUUUGAGAACGGUGCUGGCUGCUGUAUCCAUACUCACUCCCAAUGGGCCGUCCUGGUGACCCUGUUGGUGGAGCGCGAGAAAGGUCCCGAUGCCAGCUUCGAGAUCAGCACCAUCGAGCAGAUCAAGGGCAUUCCCCGUGGCAAGGGCAAGGGUAUGCUGGGGUACUACGACACUCUCAGCAUCCCGAUCAUUGAGAAUACUGCCUUCGAGGAGGAUCUGACCAGUGGUCUGGAGGCGUCCAUGAAGAAGUACCCGGACACCUACGCGGUGCUUGUGCGAAGACACGGAAUCUAUGUCUGGGGUGACAACGUUGCCAAGGCGAAGACCCAGUGUGAGAGUCUGGACUAUCUGUUCCAACUGGCCGUAGAGAUGCACAAGCUGGGCCUCCCUUGGGUCAAAUAGACGGCAGAUCCAGCGCCCGGAUAUGCAAGGGAAUGGCGCAGGACUGCCAUCGAGUCUGCCAAGCCCUUUGGUCAGCCGAUUAGAAGAGUACAGUAGGUUUCAUAGGUUCGAAAUCCUGAAAAACUUUGUAAUCACAUAUAAAUCACGAGUUGAACGACAAAUCAAG